AUGAGGUCCAUUAGUCUGAAGAGAAGACAAUGUCUGACGAUCUCGGUCGUAUUUACAGAGAUAGUAUAUCCUGCCUCGCUGUUUUACUGGCAGCAAGCUGACGCUCGUCGUGAAUCGAAGAAAUAUUUAUAUGCUGGUAAACGUUCUGUGUGCACAACAAGACUCACCAAACAACACCAAAGAAACAACAAGACUCACCAAACAACACCAAAGAAACAACAAGACUCACCAAACAACACCAAAGAGACAACAAGACUCACCAAACAACACCAAAGAGACAACAAGACCCACCACACAACACCAAAGAAACAACAAGAUCCACCAAACAACACCAAAGAAACAACAAGAUCCACCAAACAACAUCAGGUGAACAACAAGACCCACCAAACAACAUCAGGUGAACAACAAGACCCACCAAACAACACCAAAGAAACAACAAGACUCACCAAACAACACCAAAGAGACAACAAGACCAACCAAACAACACCAAAGAAACAACAAGACUCACCAAACAACACCAAAGAAACAACAAGACCCACCAAGCAACACCAAAGAGACAACAAGACCCACCAAACAACACCAAAGAGAAAACAAGACCCACCAAACAACACCAAAGAAACAACAAGACUCAACAAACAACACCAAAGAGAUAACAAGACUCAACAAACAACACCAAAGAAACACGAGACUCAACAAACAACACCAAAGAAACAACAAGACUCACCAAACAACACCAAAGAAACAACAAGACUCACCAAACAACACCAAAGAAACAACAAGAUCCACCAAUCAACAUCAGGUGAACAACAAGAUCCACCAAACAACACCAAAGAAACAACAAGACUCACCAAAGAAUAA